UGUGAUGUGACAAUAUAAAUAAGGAAGUUUAAAUCCGUUUGUGAAAUACUUCAGUCGUAAGUAACUUUCAAUCUGCAAUUAAUCGUAAUGAAGUGUGGCGGUACCGCCGAGGCGAAGGAUGCCACACCCGAAGUGCAGAAAAUCUGCGAUGAGAUGAAGCCAUAUGCAGAGGAGAAAGCUGGAAAGAAGUUUGACAUUUUUGCUGCCAAAACAUUCACAACACAAGUUGUGGCUGGGACCAACUUCUUCAUUAAAGUCCAUGUUGGUGGAGAUGAAUUUGUGCACCUGCGGGUCCAUAGAACUCUACCCCACGCUGGUGGGAAACUGGAGCUUCAUGGCGUACAGACUCCCAAAGCUCACCAUGACCCCAUUGGUUUCUUCUGAUUACCUGUAACUCCCUGCAGGGGAUGCCACACAUCUACUCCAUGCCUGGAUCAUGUGUACCCUUGUUUAUGGUCACCUGUAUUGUAUACUUCUGUUGGUAAAUGUCUGUCUUUUGUGCUAAAAGCUGUCUACACCUUUGACUAAAUGGCUUUUGUUAGAACAUAAAUACAAAUUUGACAGCA